AUGUCUGGUUUUGAUUUUGAUACUGAAGGCAAGUCAGUGGUCGAGAGAUGGGGAAGCCUGGUUGAAGGAAAAGUCGUUGUCAUUACCGGUGCCAGUGAGGGCGGCCUCGGAGGUGCUACUGCUUUUGCUCUGGCAUCGGCACGGCCUUCUCAUUUAGUUUUACUUGCUCGCACAGAGAGCAAGGUGCGUAAUGUCAUCUCUUCAAUCAAAGAGAUCAGUCCUGGGACUCAGCAUGCUUUUGUGCACAUCGAACUUGACGACCUUGACUCCGUUCGUCGGGCCGCAGCAGAUGUUCUUAGCAUUACCUCUAAGAUUGAUGUGCUGAUAAACAAUGCUGGCGUCAUGGCUAUCCCCUGGAGCAAGAGUAAAAAUGGUUUGGAAAAGACCCUUGCCAUUAACCAUCUCGGGCAUUUCCUCCUUACGAAACAGCUGAUGCCGUCUAUACUGGCCGCUGGCCCUGGAUCUCGCAUCGUCAAUGUCACCAGUGCAGCUUACCGCUUGGCGCCGUUUUUCUUCGAUGACUGGAAUUUCUCGGACGGCCAAACGUAUCACACGUUGAGCGCAUACGGACAAUCCAAGACAGCGAAUAUCCUCUUCACGGUUGGCUUGGCACAGCGUUAUAAGAAGCACGGCAUAUUGUCAUACGCGGCCCACCCUGGCUAUGUUCCGGGGACUUCCCUUUUCUCUCACGGCCCCGACCUUGGUCCCAUGGAUGAAGUAUCCCGCAGGAACACUGGAUUCCCGUUUGGUCGAGACCCGCCGAAGUCUCUGGAACAGGGCAUUUCUACCACACUGGUAGCAGCAUUAUCCCCAGAGUUGACGGACGCGAGCGGCGCUUAUAUGGAAGAUUGCCAAGUUUGUGAAGCACGAGAGUACGCUAGGGAUCCCGUACUAGCUGAUCGGCUCUGGAGUUUAAGCGAGGAGCUCUCGGGGGAGAGCUUUUGA